UAGUCGGUAUGAAAAGCUUUAUAAACAGCGUCAACAGCAGCAGUUUCAAUCCACAGUGGAAGAAGCAAGUAGACCGGAAAAACAACAACAGCCAGCAAACAGAGAAAGAUAUAACUGUAUUUCCUUAUCCGGUGCCUGCGGCUUAUUUGUCGCUCUGUUGUCGGAGAGAAGCAGCGUAUGAGGAGGCCAGCGACGGCGGUUUAGUCCCUGAGAUGCAACGGUGGACUUUAUUCACGCAGUGAGCUAGUUAGCUAACGUCCAGCAAUCCCUUCGACCAUUCACUCUGCUGUCCUGAGCUGGGAAAAACUCUGAAUAUGGCAAGGGUUUCACACCGAGACUACAAAACUGGCGCUUUUAAAUCACUGGACUGGCACGUUGCCCAGCUAGUGUACCCAUGAUAAACAUUGUUAAAUUGGACAAUUCAUCAAAUGGCCAAGGAGAGUGACGGAUUUCUUGUGUAUGUCUCACUGCAUGCAAUGGGUUACCACUGCUAAAUGUUUCUAAACCCUUGUCUCUGUUGAAGCUCAACACAUUGAUAACGUUAGAUAUGGAAUUGCCCUGGAUGUAAAGACUGUCUGGAAAACUCAAACGUCACAGCUGUGUGAGCCUUGCUGCUUGUCCCCAGAGCUUAUUUGAGGGCCAACAUGUCAAUGUCAGGGUCCACGACUGUGCAGCUUUUCACCAAGCUUGUCAAGCACGCAGUGGGCAAGGCAGAGAUUCAGCUGAACCGCUGGCUGCAGAGGACUGCCACAGAGGAGUGUGACAAAAUUGACAUAUUGAUAUGCAGCGCCUUCGACGAGACAGGGGCCAACAUUGGAAAGUCAGAUGGAGACCCUGAGGUUAUCUGUGACUCAGGGGGAUCAACCUUCAACAACACUGGAGAGUUUAGACACCCAUGCUGUAUCACCACCUUCUGCUUCAAGAGUGCCCUGCUGGCCUGCGUCCUGACUGCUGUGUGCUUCUCCUCAGUUGCACUUGUUCGCCAAUACCUCAAGGACCUCCUGCUCUGGGUGGAGAGCUUGGACAGCCUCGUCGGAGCCUUGCUGUUUAUAGUUGGUUUGAUUAUCGUGUCUUUCCCGUGUGGAUGGGGAUAUAUUGUUCUUAAUGUUGCAGCUGGCUACCUCUACGGCUUUGUGCUGGGCAUGGGACUUGUUAUGGUAGGAGUUCUAAUAGGGACCUUCGUGGCACACCUGGUGUGCAAACGACUAUUGACUGACUGGGUGCUGAACAAAGUUGGGAACAGCGAACAGCUCAGUGCUGUCAUACGAGUGGUGGAGGGAGGGAGUGGACUCAAAGUUGUGGCCUUAGCGAGACUCACCCCAAUACCUUUUGGGCUCCAAAAUGCAGUUUUCUCGAUCACAGACGUGUCCUUGCCAAAUUACCUGGUGGCCUCCUCUGUGGGCCUGUUGCCCACUCAGCUUCUCAACUCAUACCUGGGCACCACACUUCGCACCAUGGAGGACGUCAUCGCUGAGCAGAGCGUCAGCGGAUACUUCGUCUUCAGCCUGCAGAUCGUCAUCAGCAUCGGCCUGAUGUUCUACGUCGUGCACCGGGCACAGGUAGAGCUCAACGCCGCCAUCGCUGCCUGCCAGAUGGAGCUGAAGUCGUCGCACAUGAACGGCUCCUCCACCAAUCACAGCGGCUUCACCUACUGCAGCAAGAGAGCGGCGGCAGGCAGCGGAAACUGCAUUAACGUGGUGUGACCGCUGGAGCUCCUACAACUCAGUCGCUGAAUUGUAAGACUUCCGAGCUCAUGGGAACCCCGCUAUGUUUAGACGGUCUCUGAAAUGUUUUGGAGGGUUUAUAAUGUUCUGACCACACUACGGAGAAAACCCUGAAAGCGUACAUCCUUAGUCGGUACGAUGUUUUAGAUGUGUGGACCACGCACCCUUUAAGAAACGGUGCUGAUGGAAAAUGCGACACAUCUUUUCGAAUGAUCUUCUUUCUUUUUUAUUAAGGCACUCUCAACCUAUGAAGUUAUUUACUUUGGUACAGGAGUGAUCAACGAAAUAUGAUAUUUAGAGAUUUAAGAGGUGGCUAAAUGAGUCCUUAAAAACAAUAACUAGGCAUUAACUGCCUGCUAACACCAUGAAUGUGCAAUCUGGAGCUUUCUGGAGAACCAAGGAAUUAUAUUUUCCAUUUCAGUGUCAAAGAAAUGCCAACCUAUGCACCUUUCACUUCAUCCGUUUUUAUUUUACUCAAGCUAUUUAUGAUCUGUCUACAUCCAGUGCUAAUUCACGGUACAAAUAAUAAGGGCCUUAUUACUUUUGUAAAAGAAAAUUUGGCUUUUUAGUCCAGUUCCUUUUUUAAGUGUCUUAUUUUUGGACUAUGGAGAGAGGGGGAAGCUCUCAGCGAGAACUACUGUGUGAUUUCUGCUGGCUUUCUACCACAUCAGCUGAAUUGGCCUUGUCUGCCCGGACAUCGCUUUUUGGCGCUUCUGCAGUUUUUUGAUAAGAGCAGCUGGGGAGCAGAGCAGAUUUCACAGCACGAAACUCAGGAAUGUUUCUGCCAGGAAAGUUGAAGUGAUCAUCAGCUCCUCGGUCGCACAGCCACACAUUCUGCUACGGAAAGAUUCCCACACUGCGCCGAAACCGAGAUGUCAAAGCUUUCCUGUAAAUGUUUAUAUUCAUUUUAAAUUAGGUUUUACAUUUGUGUUUUGUUUUACAUCUUUGACUAAGAUUAUCCAUUAGGAUUAUUACAUAAUUGUUGCUUUAGAUAGUUGUUUUGACAAUUCUGUGCAAUACAUCAACAUAUGGUGAUUUAAUGGCAUGAAUGUCGUAUUUCAUUGCUGAAACCAAACUAAUCAGAAAUGCUCUAAUGCAUCAACAUAACACAACGCUGAGUCUGUGUUUAUUUAAGGUUUUAUUUAGAUUCUAUGCGAGUAAGCUAGAUGAGAUAGAAGCUGUUUAUCUUUUAUGUGCCAUCAUUUGGUAAAGCUUAACGGACGGCGUGUCACUGAGGCUAUAUGUGACUUCUGACUGAUUUUAUUACCUAAUGUUAACUAUGGAUCGGUUCUUUAUAAUACAACAAAGAUCUCAUCCUGUAGGUUCUCUUGCACAGUCCACAAACAGGUGUACAUUAUUUUCAUACAGAUGAGUUAAACUAGGAAGGGGUUUGGUUGCUCAAAAGUUGAAGCUGAUGUGUCUCAGAAGCCGACAAUCAAACACAACAUGGACACUUAAGUGAUGAAUGUGAUAAUGUUUUUUAUUUUUACAUGAAUUAUUGUGAUUCUGCUCCUCAGGCAAAGUCUGGUUGAGGAAUAAUAAGGGCUCCUUUAUGAAAUCUUCAUCUCUACGUUUCUGUGUUUGUAAUGCUCGCACCACAUUUAGUUUUUCAUGUUUUGUACUAAUGGUUGCUUUUCUUUCUUCAAAGCCAGAUUUAAUGUUCGCCCUACACAUUCCAUGCUGUCAGUCCUCUUCAAAGCUGUAGAGUUAUUGUCAUGUUGGUUGAAAGGGCCCCUUCCUGUCUGAAUUUAGCAAUAAUGUUUGAAAAGCAAAAACAAUAUGAUAGAAAUCAUGAGAUCUGUUGCCAAGUGUUGUGAAAACCUGUUUACUACAUAUGUUAAAGAUCAGCUCGUAAACAUUAAACUUUUUUUUUCAAGAGGGAACAAAAACUGUAUGUGAGUUGUGAGUCGAGCCAUGUUCCUCUAUAAGAUUGAAGAUACAUAUUCCCAGGUUUUUGUUUCAGUGUUCAACCUGCCUGUGGCCUCCCGCUGCCUCUGACAGAUAUUUCUGCGCUGCCACUCAGCGUGAACGAGAAAACAUCUGAGUCCCGAAACAUACUGAUCGAUCAUUGACGUUUAGAGAUCCACAUCCCGCUCCUCUCGUUACAUGAAAAUCUGCUAAAUCCAAAUUGGGACACGUUUUCCAGUUUCUUACUUGAAUUGAACGGUUAGGUACAGAGAGAUGAGUUCAUUAUAUGGCUGCGAGAUUCUAUAAAAUCUAGUCACCCCUCACUUUCUUUUUGAAAUUAUUUUGAGUUACCCCAAGGCUAACAGUGAUGCUACCUUCCAAACAAAAUGCGAGUCACUGAAGUAAACGUUAUACCGUGUCAAAUGCAAAAAUCUAAUUGACGAAACUUGAUCAGCCGCAGUUCACGAUGUUUUAACUGGGAUUUUGAAAACUUGAGCUGUGGGAAAAUGAGCAGUAAAGGCUUUAGCUCCUCCUAGGUGGUUUCUACUUAACUUAGAUAUAGUUAUGCAACAACUGAUUCCUAAGGGAAGUAUAUUUCAUAGACACCCACACAAGACCUGCACCUGGGAGGUAACUGGACCGUUAAAGAGGAGUACAGUGUGAUGUCAUUAACUCAAAGGUCACGUUUAGGGUCUCGGUCGGUGCUAUGAAAUGCAAUACUUCCCAUCUGUAUCAAGUGCAUUAAACAUAUACCGUAUUUUGUAAUACAGAGAAUUUUACAGUGUAUAAAUAUUGAUAUUUAUCGCUGUACAAUGCUUGUUCAGUGUUAUUUAUGAGAGAGAAAAUAAAACCUGUCAGACUUUGUUACAAAAUGUU